AUGGCGAACAAGGCCUGACCGUAAACAGACGCGCGAACAAAUUUACAACGUUUUGGAACGGAUGCUGUAUAUUUGUACUCAAGAGUGAGACAAUAUGAAGAUCCAGGGUUGUGUGGCAAUAGUAACAGGAGGAGCACAGGGGAUUGGAGAGAAAAUUUGCCGAGCUCUGCUGGAGAAAGAAUGCAAAGUUGCCAUAUUGGAUUUAAAUCAUGAUAAAGGCCUUCAAUUACAAGAGAGUUUAGAAAGACAGUAUGGAUCAGGAAAAGUGAUCUUCAUUAGGUGCGAUGUUUCAUCAAAGUCUCAAAUGAAAGACUCCUUCAAGAAGACAAAAGAGGUGUUUGGUCAGAUCAAUAUUGUCUGUAAUAAUGCUGGUAUAUCAUCAAAAAAUGAAGAGUGGGAAGAAGAAUGGGAUAAAGAAGUUGAUGUCAACUUGAAGAGUGUAAUUCAUGGAACUUUUCUUGGUGUUCAUCACAUGAGUUGGAUGCAUGGAGGAAUGGGUGGUGUUGUUAUCAAUGUGGCAUCAAUGGCAGGCAUUUUCCCUUUAGGACAGUCCAUGGCUGUGUAUUGUGCAACAAAAUUUGGAGUUGUUGGGUUUUCACAAAGUCUUGGGGGACUUUAUGAGACAGAAGGAGUGAGAGUAAAUUGUAUCUGUCCAAGCUACACAGAAACAGAUUUGUUUUGGUCCUCAUUUGAUGAAAAGCGAGCCAAAGAAACUCCAAACUUUCAAACAGUUUUAAGAUAUGGACUAAUCAGGCCUGAAGUUAUUGCCACAGGAGUUAUACAGCUGAUUGAGAAGGACAGUACUAAUGCAGCAGUGAUGAUGGUGACUAAAAAGAGAGGAAUUGAGAUCAUGAGACCAAGGGGAUCAAGAAUAUCAAAACUAUGAAUUGUUAAUUAUUAUGGAGAUGAUUUAAUCUUAAAUGAGACAAAAAAAAACAAAAAAAAAAUUAGCGUAAUCCAUUAGUUUUGAAAAAAGAUAGUUGAGAGGGAAGAUACCAAUGUGAGAGCUGUUUAUAAUUUUUUUUCCAAAGUACAAAUCCAUUUUUGAUUGUUUUUCAGAACUUUGUUGAAGAUAUUUUAUUAAGUACGUAUUUUGCUAAAUAAUAAGUGAUCUAGCAAUCAGUUAA